GCUAGCUUCCUGCCACGGUUUCUUAUUCUUUUCCGUGAACGUGUAGUCCGUUGCAAGCUCGUGAUAAAGACAACAAAUUUCAUUUACAAUGUUGAAGAACCCUACAAAUGAAAUAUCUGAAGGCCUACCAUUCACGAUGCGGUGUGGUAACUGGUGUCUGUGGUAAACUGCCCCUGAUAAAGGACCGGAGGUUACAAAUGUUUGCACCGCUGCGAUACUUGUGUUCGGAUUAUUCAUGAAUUUUAUCUCUGUGGAAAAGGUGAUGUGAUCAUAACAGCCCACUGGGAGUCCGUCAUUGACCAUGGAUAGAGAUUUGCUGAGGCAAUCCGUUUCAUGUCAUGGACCAAAUUUGUUUUCUCUUUUAAAAUGUGAGCAGAGUGAAAAUCCAGACUUUAAGUAUGUUGCGGCUGACCUUGCCAAAUCUGUGAACCAAAGGGAUAAAGAAGAUGACAGCCCUGUUGUGGAGCAGUUCAUUGCAAGGAAGGCAGACCUUCUGUUUGCCCCCUCAUGGAAGUUCACAGCACCAGAAGAGGAUGACUGGCAAGAAGCAACACAAGAACUGUAUGCUGUCAUUCCCCCACUGGAGCAAUUCAUGGACGUCCCAUAUGAAGAGAGGAGGGAUAUUUUCUAUAGAGACGUGGAGCGAGGAGACAUGGUUAUAGGAAGGAUUACAUCAAUCCGAGACUUUGGUUUCUUUGUUAGUCUAAUCUGCACGGCUGGUGGCCUGGAGAGGGAUAUUGAAGACCUAGAGAUUACGGGCCUCUGUCCUAUACGAGAUGUACCAUCAUCUGGAAACCAUGAUGAUCCCUUGUCAUAUUUUCUAAUUGGGGAUUUGAUUAGAGCCGGCGUGAAGGACAUAGACCGUUAUCAUGAGAAGCUGACGAUCUCUCUCUACUCUUCCUCACUGGCUCCAAACUUCAACAAAAUCAAACUGGGUGUAAUUAGCAAGGAGGAGCUGCCACUGCACUACAUCCGUGGAGAAAAGGUGGCCAGUGACAGCAGCGAGACAUAUGAGAGGCUGCUGGAGAGUUCGCUUGGCUUCUCCAACCCUUCCAAUGUGGAUUAUCUGCUUGGCAAUCUUGGAAUUAUUGAUACAAAAUCUCCUUCACUGAUGAGAGGUUUGCAGAGUAAACAUUUUAAGGAAGAUGAUUUUGCAAGUGCAAUUCGGAAAAAGCAAUCUGCGUCCUGGGCCUUAAAAUGUGUGAAAGCUGGUGUGGAUCAUUUCAAGUCAGGACGACAUGUGGAAGCCAUGAAUGAAUACAAUAAGGCUUUAGAGAUUGACACCAACAAUGUUGAGGCUCUCGUCGCACGUGGGGCUCUGUAUGCAACCAAAGGCAGCUUGGUAAAAGCCAUCAGUGACUUUGAGCUGGCCCUUGACACCUGCCCCACCCACCGCAAUGCCAAGAAGUAUCUCUGCCAAACUCUAGUGGAGCGAGGUGGCCAGCUGGAGGAAGAAGAAAAGCUGGUCACAGCAGAGGGGCUCUAUAAGAAAGCGAUUGCCUUGGACAACACGUUUCAGGAAGCAGAGGACGCAUUGAGGAAGCUUCAGGCACUCAUCCAGAAAACUCUUAAACGGAAAGCUGAGGAGGCUGCUAGGGAAGAGAAGCCACAGGCCACAGAGACGAGUGCCGAGAAAUUGCGUAAGAUCUUAAGAGAAGAAAAGAGAAUGAAGAAGAAAAGGAGACGAUCAGACUCCUCAUCUGUAACAUCGUCAAGCUCCGAUUCCUCCAGCGGCGACUCCAUGCUCUCAGCCAGCCGCAAAAAGUCCAAAAAGCGGAAACACAAGCGAAGGCGGUCGUCACAUAGCAGUAAGAAGCGCAAGCGGAGAGUGUCGUCUCGUGACGACAGGACAACCGAGGACAAAGAGGAGCAUUACCCCGUUCCUGCCAACACGUCGGCUUCCUUCAUCAACCACAAAGGAGCCCUCACGAAACUGAUCGACGAGGAGGGUGGAGAUGAGGAUCCAAGGGGCUCUUAUGGAAAGAACAGAGCAGAAGACAGCAGAGGUAGGUCUGAAGACUAUCGUCCUUCACGCAGUCCCGAGGCUGACAGUGGGAAGGGCAGGUGGCAGUUUAGUGACCGGCCGGAGGACCCGGUGCUCACUGGCGUGAAUGGCGGGGAAAGAGAAGCGUACAGAGCCCGCAGGAUAUCUGACGACAGUAUCAGGAGCCACCAGGAAGGUUCAGGCAGCUCACGCCAUGCCGUCAGCAAAAUGGACUUCUUAUCCUCAGCUUACUCGGAGCACUCCCUUAAAUUGGAUGGACCCAUGAAGGACACAUCCUGGCAGGCUGCCAGUGAGGAAAGGUCAGAAGGUGGUGGGCGUGAGCGCAAGGACAGAGCCAGAGAGGAUUGUGGGAGUAACAGAGGGGCUGAUGGAAAGGAUCGCAGACUAAGCAGUGGUGAUGGGAAUAGGGCUUCAGCAGGAAGCCAGAAGAAGGAUUUACCUGCCAAUUUACUGGAUAUAUUUAACCAGAUAGCUGAAUUUGAAAAAGAGAGAAAGCAGAAGAAAUGAAAUGACUACCAUUUCAGUGUUUUUCCUUGCUUGCUUGCUUGUGCCUUGAAGGGAGAUUUUAAAUAAAGUUAGUUGGCUAUGCCACACAGUAGAGUUCUUUGGUUAGAAUUUCUUGGGGGGUUUUUUUUAGAUGGGGAGAGAGUCUUUCAUUUUUGUAUGCCAUGAAAUACUUUCUUUUAAGUGCACAUGACUUCAAAUGCUUAUUUGUACCUUCUUGGAAACUAAGUUUCAAGUCUGAUACUUCUCCCUCUAAAUUGAUAGGUAAGGGUAAACAGUUGAAGCUGCAGUCAGUAUGUACCCUAGGUGAAUUUGAUAUGUUUGUUUUGAUCACUUUUUUUACUUUGCAGAACUUGGCUGAUUUUAUAACUAAUUGAGAAGAUUUUGGUUUACAUUCAAACUGAAAAUGUACUGACUGUAGCUUUUUCCAAUAGAUUAACCACAUAUGCUCAUUUUUAACAAACUUGCAGCAUGAGUCUUCCGUAUACGUGUUCUUUCAUCUCUCUGGCCAAAUGUUUUGGAAUGCAAAAUCUUCAGACUACAGAUAAACAAAUGUAUGUUUGUGCAUAUUCUAAUAAACAGUGGCUUAUCAGUUUUCAGUCA